AUGAUGAUGACAAGUCCAAGGCGGAAUCUGUUGGUUUGGCAUGGUGUGGCCAUUCUGUGGGCUUUCUGUGUCCUCAGUUUCGUGGGAGGAUUUUCAUUAUCGACUACAUUCACCAAACCGACGGCUAAUAAAAAUCCACAUAGUUUAUUGCUCUUUGCAGUCGAUAACAAGAAUGAUAAUGACAAUUCACAUCCCUUUUUUGCCAUUGACGAAGAUGAUACCCCUCUACCAUCACCCACCUCCACGCCUCUACCUUCUUCCACUUCCUCGCCUCCACCAUCACCUUCCAAUCCCUUUAACAAGGAUGCCCCCAAGGGCGAAAUCAUCUUGAGCCAAGAAGCCUGGGAACUUGUGAUUGCCAUUUGGGAUGUGGCCGGCGAGCUUGCCAAACGACUCUUUUUUGCCAUGCGUCGUACGGCGGCUGGCGCCUUGACGGCAUCGCUCCCGGAAGACGAACGACAAGAAUUGUUGGAGCGAACG